GGCGCUAGGAGAUCCGUGAAGGAUGAAAGGCGCAGGGUGAAGACGCCCUGCGUUCCCCUCGCUUGGCUGGGCAGGGCUUCCAGGCACCGAUGAAAGCUGGGGACUGGGCUCAAAGUAGCUCUUCAUGCCUUUCCGGGGAGGAAGCUGUGGACACACUCCAAGGUCGGGAAGGUAGUCGUCGAGGGCUCUUCCCCUCGAGAGCCUUCGGUGAGCCCAUCUCCACACACCCGGGAUUCCCAAGCCUGGUAGGAGACGCUCUAGGACUGCGAGUUGUUAUGGCAACCAGGCUGUCGGGAUACUGAGGCAAGCCCAGGCCUAGAGAGGCAACAUCCUUCCGUACCCUCCUCCUACCCACGGGGAAAGUGGCGCCCCCUACGCACAGGAGCCGCCCCUGGGCUCCGGCCCCAGCGCGGAGACCACCUUGGACCUCCAGGGAUGGGAGGCCGCUCUGGCCCCAAGCGGAGCCUCUCGUUGGUAGACGGGCUCGAGGGAGUCCCUCUGGGCGCAGCGCAACCCAGCGGCUUGAUGCUCCGACCGGAAGUACUCUUCACGGCCUGCCUCCCACUCGGCUCUCUGGUCCCGGCGGUAAGAUGGCGGCUGCCGCGGAGUGCGAUGUGGUAAUGGCGGCGACCGAGCCUGAACUGGUGGAGGACGAAGAAGCAAAGAGGGAAGCAGAAUCCUUCAAGGAACAAGGGAAUGCAUACUAUGCUAAGAAGGACUACAAUGAAGCUUAUAACUAUUACACAAAAGCCAUAGACAUGUGUCCAAAAAAUGCUAGCUACUAUGGCAAUCGGGCAGCCACCUUGAUGAUGCUUGGACGGUUCCGGGAAGCUCUUGCAGAUGCACAGCAGUCAGUGAGAUUGGAUGACAGUUUUGUCCGGGGACAUCUCCGAGAAGGCAAGUGCCACCUGUCACUUGGGAAUGCAAUGGCAGCAUGUCGAAGUUUCCAAAGAGCCCUAGAACUGGAUCAUAAAAAUACCCAGGCACAGCAAGAGUUCAAGAACGCCAAUGCAGUCUUGGAGUAUGAGAAAAUAGCAGAAGUGGAUUUUGAAAAGCGAGACUUCCGGAAGGUUGUUUUCUGCAUGGACCGUGCCCUGGAGUUUGCCCCUGCCUGCCAUCGCUUCAAAAUCCUCAAAGCAGAAUGUUUAGCAAUGCUGGGCCGAUACUCAGAAGCACAGUUUGUGGCCAGUGACAUUUUACGAAUGGAUUCCACCAAUGCUGAUGCUCUAUAUGUGCGUGGCCUUUGCCUUUACUAUGAAGAUUGUAUUGAGAAAGCAGUUCAGUUUUUCGUACAGGCUCUCAGGAUGGCUCCUGACCACGAGAAGGCUUGUGUUGCUUGUAGAAAUGCCAAAGCCCUUAAAGCCAAGAAAGAAGACGGGAAUAAAGCAUUUAAGGAAGGAAAUUACAAGCUAGCUUAUGAACUGUACACAGAAGCCUUGGGGAUAGAUCCCAACAACAUAAAAACAAACGCUAAACUCUACUGUAAUCGGGGUACGGUUAACUCCAAGCUUAGGAAACUAGAAGACGCCAUAGAGGACUGCACAAACGCAGUGAAGCUUGAUGACACCUACGUAAAAGCCUACCUGAGAAGAGCUCAGUGUUACAUGGACACAGAGCAGUAUGAAGAAGCUGUGCGGGACUAUGAAAAAGUGUAUCAGACGGAGAAAACAAAAGAACACAAGCAGCUCCUUAAGAAUGCACAGCUGGAGCUGAAGAAGAGCAAGAGGAAAGAUUACUAUAAGAUCCUAGGAGUUGACAAGAAUGCCUCUGAGGACGAGAUCAAGAAAGCUUACCGGAAACGCGCCUUGAUGCACCAUCCAGAUCGGCACAGUGGGGCCAGUGCUGAGGUUCAGAAGGAGGAGGAGAAGAAGUUCAAGGAGGUGGGAGAGGCCUUUACCAUCCUCUCUGAUCCCAAGAAAAAAACUCGUUAUGACAGUGGCCAGGACCUGGAUGAGGAGGGCAUGAAUAUGGGCGAUUUUGAUGCAAACAACAUCUUCAAGGCAUUCUUUGGUGGUCCUGGGGGCUUCAGCUUUGAAGCAUCUGGCCCAGGGAAUUUCUUUUUUCAGUUUGGCUAAUGAAGGGCAACCACUCAAAACCCAGAAAAUGCAGACUUGCUCAGUUUCACCAUGAAUGUGGACAGUUCACUCCUCCAUCAUGUCCCCGUGUGCUUAGAGCAGUUUCGUUUUCUCAGUUGGGUGCCCUGUGUCUGUAUGAGGGGUGAAGGAAAGGGAGCCAGUGCCGAGGACUGGGGAGGGAGGGAAGCCAGGGGUAGACAGGAAGGCAGCUUGUGAAUUUUUGUUGUAUUGUUUAACUUUAUUAAAAAAGAAAAAGAAUAAAAUGUUUUGAACGUU